AUGAAACCAAGAUCUAGAGGUUAGAAUUAAACAGGAAUGCCAAUUAGGCCAAUUUCAGAUGUCCAAAUUGGCAAUUAUGUUGUUGAAAAGUAGAAGUUAAUAGGGAGAGGGUAGUAUGGCAUCGUCUAUCAAUGCUACGAUUCAAGAAAUAAGGAACGACUCCUCUGUGCUAAAUGUGUAGAUAAAAAAGGAGUAGAUCCAAUCCUAUUGAAAAGGGAGAUCGAGAUCUUGAAUCUGCUCAAGCCACUCUAAAGGGAGAAUGAAAAUCUUGUUGAAUUGGUGGAGAUAAUUGAAGAAACCUAAUAUCAGAAUUUGUAUAUCAUAAUGGAGAAAUGCAAUCAGGGAGAUCUUAAGUGUUUAAUGGAUGUCAAAUAGAAGGGAUCAACUUGGUUUACAGUGAAUGAGGGAGUGGAAAUAAUCAAGCAAGUAGUGAAAGGGUAUGAAGCCUUAUUUAAAAUGAAAGUUAUUCACAGAGACAUCAAACCCGCAAAUAUCUUAAUAUCUAAAGAUGUAUAUAAGAUUGCCGAUCUAGGCAUGGGUAGAAUAUUAGAUGACAUGGUCACCGUGCACUUGAUUUCUAAAGUAGGCACUCCUGCAUAUGCUGCCCCACAAUUAUUUUUAGAACCCAAAUUUUCAUCAAAAGCUGAUGUGUAUUCAUUAGGAGUCAUCUUCUAUCAAUUAAUUUAUUGUGAUCUACCCAUCAAGGCUUAAAGUUAAUCCGAAUUAGUUGAAAAUUUAAGAAAUUUGUAAUUCAGUCCAAUUAAGUGUCCAGCUGUUUCUGCUUCUAAAGAAAAUGUUCCUGAGAACAUCCGAACUUUAAUUGAAUUAAUGCUCAAAUAUGAAGAAUAAGAUAGAGCAUCUUGGAUGGAUUUAUUUGCCUCUCCUAUUUUUUCGUUAAAUAUAACCUAACCAAAGAGAUCGAAUCCUAGAAAGAACACCUUAACCAAUUAGAAUCUCAGUUCAUAUUAGGAAUAUUAUAGGGUCGAUUCAAUUUCAGGACCUAGUAAAUCAGAUAAAAUCCUCCAUUUAAUAAAAAUUUUGAUUACCAAAAGCGACUUAGCAGCUAAAACUUACAAAUUAUUAUAGGAUUCAAAAUUUGAAAAAACUUCAAUCAAAUUUGAUAAUGAUUAGAUGGCUGCACUCUUGGUGUGUCUAUCUGGAUAUAGAUAUAGAACCAUACUAAAUGCACUUGGACUAUUGAUAAAUUAACAAACUUCGAUUCUCCCUGAAUUCAAAAAGAGGUUCUCCUAAGGAGAACUUGCGGAUUUCUCUUAAAACUAGACUGAUAACACCAAGUUGUUGAAAGAGUACAUAACAAAAAUAUUAAAUUCGAUUAUCCUACAAUUUAGAGAAGACGAAUGCGUAUUCUUAAGUAAUUUGAAAAGACCAGAUAACCAAGAAUUCAAAUCCUUGAAAACUAUUUUGGAGGAAGAAGAAAAUCCAGACUUUACGUUAUUUUCAAAGUCAUUUAGGAAGAUUUAUAUGGGAGCCAUCCAAUAUAUCAAUUGGAAUAAAAAUGAUUAGAAAAAUAAAGAUUUGGUUACUUACUUUGAUAAAAUUGGAUCAUCAGAUUUAUAAUUUGAUAUCGAUAAGUUGUACAGUAUAAAACCAAUUGAGAUUCUAAACAAGUCAUAAAAAAUAACAAGCUGA